UUUUAGAUCACAAAAAACUUUUUGAGUGAUUUUGUGUCAUUCAAGGCCCAUGUACUCACCAUGAGUGCUGAAUACGAUGAGUUUCAGCCGUUUUUCGACCGCACCGACGAUCUUACUUGUUCUGCUGUCGGAAGGGCAGCACGGUUUGGUAAUGUAGAAGAAUUGGAGCGGCUACUGGGAGAAGGUUCCCCAUGGGAUGUUCCAGAUAACAGAGGGUGGUUUCCAAUUCAUGAAGCUGCCUGUGGCGGCCAUACCAAAUGCUUAGGUAUUCUACUGAAACAAGGAUGUAGAAACUUUAAGAAUACCAAAACAUAUAAUGGCGAGACCCCAAUAUUCCUGGCAUCACUUCACGGUCAUGCACAUAUCAUGAGAAGUCUACUGAUGAAUGAUGCUGAUAUCAUGAUACAGAGUAAUGAGCUUGUUAGUACACUUGUAGCUGCUGUCAAAGGGGGAAACCAGGAAUGUCUUAAGAUUUGCAUAGAGCAAGGCAUGAGCCCCGAUAGCCAAGAUGCUGGUGGGUGGACUGCUCUUCAUGAAGCCGCUUAUGUUGGCGACGAACUUUCCACUGAGGGCCUACUAGGUGCAGGAGCAAAGGUCGACAUCACUAACACUGAUGGUGCCACACCCUUAUUUACAGCGGCCCAGUAUGGAAAAGUAGAUUGCCUUAAAGCCUUAAUCAAACAUAAAGCAAAUUUGAACUUCUGCACCAUUGACGGAGCCUCAGCGCUCUUCAUAGCGGCCCAAGAAGGGAAUACAAACUGUGUCGAGGCUUUAAUCGAGUCUGGUGCUAUGCUUGAUUUAGCCACGAGUGAUGGAGGCACGGCUGUACAUACGGCAUCUGAAAGGGGUUGUCUUGAAUGCUUACAGUUACUUAUACGGAAAGGAGCUUGCGUGAAUACCAAAACUGUGGAAAAUAUCAGUGCGCUCCACUUGGCGGCAAAUAGCGAUAACGUGGAGUGCCUUCGUGAGUUGCUAGACGCCGGCGCUGAGCUUGAGCCUGAGAUCAAGGGCACGAGAGAGACACCUUUGGUGCUAGCGGCACAAGACGGGAACUACACCUGCUGUAAAGAACUACUCCGCAGGGGAAGCGAUCCUAACUUUGUAUACAAUGAGAAUGGAACGUUAGAGAAGACCGUAUUGAUGGGCGCUGUCGAGGGAGAUCACAUUCAUUGCGUCAAAUUACUACUUGCACACGGCGCUGACCCAAACAAAGCCACAUACGCUUCACCUCUUAUCCUUGCGGCGAAAAACUUUUGUCAGGAGAACCUAAAGCUGCUUAUAAGAGGCGGAGCAGAUGUGGACUUUAUUGAUCGAGGGCACAACGCGGCGCUCAACAUUGCGGUGAUCAAGUUCCGUUGUGGGAUAAUGUCGAUGCACAAGAGUAAGGAAGCUCAGCUUGAGUGCAUCAAGGUUCUUCUCAAGGCCGCUGCCACCACGGAAAUCUUGUUCCAGUACCCGUAUGGAGCCCUGGUCAAUCCUGCCAUCCCGCAGAAGGUAGCCACCCCAGAACUCCUCAAACUUUUGCUUCAGUUCGAGGCCAAUAACCGUGACAUCCGAGAAUUUUGCGAAUGUCGUCGAGAUGACGUACGGUGGGGGGAGGUGAGGAGGAUAUGCAACACACCUCGGCGCUUGACGCAUUUGUGUCGACUCUCAAUAAGACGACGGCUCGGGAAACGUCGAGUCUUCAAGAUUUGCGACCUGCCUCUUCCACCUGUUCUUAAAGAGUUCAUAAGUUACUCGCAGUUGUGAACUUUAUAUCCCUCGGUAUUCACUUAUGUCGAGAGCACUUGACGGGCCAAGAACCAGGGUCCGGUUUCUAGAAAGCAGGUUAGCGCUCACGUAGCGAUAAAUACGGCUAUCAUUUAAUUGGAUAAAAAGGGUAUUCAUCCCUGGAUUAGCGUUAACCUUCUUUCUAGGAAGCCGGCCCUCGUGCUCGUUUCUCGAAACACCCGAGAAUUCUCGGGCCGAAAACGUUUUAUUUCUUAAAUUUUAAAAGCGGGCUAUAUCCUAUAAAAUUUAUGGUAUCUAAAUGUGUUGAAAUAUCGUCAAAUUCGUAUUUACCACAAAGAUUCAUGUGAAGGAUAAUCCUCUUUCUGGUUUUAUAGAUUUUGAUCUUUCCCGAAUUUCUCGGGCCCGAAAUUCACAUGGCUUAAAUAUAUAGAAAGUUUUCGGGACCUCGCAGUCACCCGAGACUUUUCGGGUAACUUUUUGGCUUAAACAAAACUUCAAAAAUAGCCCUAUUGAGCGUAAUUAUUUGAGAUAAGAACCAAGAGAAAGUUCAAAUUUUUCUAUAACAUGAAAGCUGUUCUCUAAAAGGAAAACAUGCGAAAUUUGGGGCAAAAACGCAAAAUAAAGUUUUCGGGCCCUAGAAUUCUCAGGUGUUUCGAGAAACGGGCGCCUGGACGAUAAAGGUCGCACGUGUGCCAAAGCAGAUUGCAAUGUCACUCGCUAAGUCAUGUGUCAUUAUAACGAUCUUUGAUCUAGUAAUAAAAACAACAAAACAAUAAAAGCGCCUAAAUAAAUAUUGUAUUAUAAAAAGAUUGACACUCUUUAAACGCGGACCGCGUCACAUUAUAAAAGUGAAAUUCAUUACUGUUGUUCCAGUGCAACAAACCCGUGUAAAACUAAAAAUAUAGCAGAAUAAAAGAAAAUCAGAAAGUA